CGGAGCCGGUACCUCUCCUCCAAGAUGGCGGCCCUGUCAGUGUCUGGCGUUACCAGAAGAGGCCUCCCGUGGAUAGUCUUAGGGGCACCACGCAGAGAAUUUUGGUCUCGAUUCAGAAAAGAAAAAAAGCCAGCGGUGGCUGAGAUAGUAGAAGAAGUGAAGAAAGAGCCCAUUUUGGUGUGUCCACCCUUACGAAGCCGAACAUACAUACCACCUGAAGAUCUCCAGAGUCGUUUGGAAUCUUGUGUCAAGGAAAUUUUUGGCUCCUCUGUUCCUAACAAUUGGCAGGAUUUGUCCCUGGAAGAUGGCCGUCUGAAGUUCAGUUUCUUGACACGUUUAGCUGAUGACUUGGGCCAUGCGGUGCCCAACUCCAGGCUUCACCAGAUGUGCAGGGUCAGAGAUGUUCUUGAUUUCUAUCAAGUGCCUAUUCAGGAUCAAUCUAAAUUUGAUGAACUUACUGCCAGUAAUCUGCCUCCCAAUAUAAAAAUCACUUGGGGUUACUGAGCAGUUCAGAAGAGGAACACAUUAAGAUCAUUUUGUCCUGAGCAAGGGGGCUGGUUAUUAAUUAGACUUUUGAUACUUUACCUUGUGAAAUGCUGUUAGAACUGUUCUCUAAACCCACUUUUUCUGUGAAAGAAUGAAUUAUCUCUUUUUCUCAUCAUGAAUUAAUAACAAAGAUUUUCUUUUUUCACAUUU